CUGCCCUCCGCGCAGGCAGCCAUGCGGCCCGUCGGGGUGCUGCUCACCUUCUGCUGCCUGGUCCCGUGCACUACCGGGGGCCCUUCGCGAGAUUUUUGUUCCCAGAUCCUUAACCCAGAUGUGAAGCCAGGAUUUCCCAAAACAAUAAACCCCCACGACCCAGGAGUCCUCCAAGCAGCCAGACACAGCGUUGAAAGGUUCAACAACUGUACAAAUGACAUCUUCUUGUUCAAGGAGUCCCACAUCAGCAAAGCCCUGGUCCAGAUCGUGAAGGGCCUGAAGUACAUGCUGCACAUGAAGAUUGGCAGAACUUCUUGCAAGAAGACCCAGCACCCUAUUCUAGACAACUGUGACUUCCAGACCAACCAUACCUUAAAAAGGACUUUCAGUUGCUACACGGAAGUUUGGGUCAUCCCCUGGCUCCAGAGGUUCAAGGUGCCUGUUCUCCGCUGUCGCUGA